UCACGCACGCCUUGCCUCAACACAAAACGCGAAAGCUGGACUGCGGCGUACCUUCGCACCCAUCGGUCUAUCCCCAGGAAGCCUACAUUGCCCCACCAUACAAGAUCAGUCUCACCGACCCGUCCUCUCCUGCGAGCGCAUACUCCGAACACACCUAGGCGGUCUCAGAUGCCCCAUGAACAUGAUACCUGAGUGAUAUCACUGAAGGACGAUAGGGUCGUCGCAUUGAAUUUGGUCUGAAAGAUGGAGUCUCCAAACGAUUACUCGCAUGCAUAUGCUGGCUCAGCAUCCUUCCCCGAUCUCAUGAACGACCCAGCCUACGACACAAACCACAAAGGAAAAGAGAGGGAAUUCGACGAACCAGACACAUGUCGGAUCUGUCGGGGAGAGGGAACGCCGGAAGAACCGCUCUUCUAUCCCUGCAAAUGUAGCGGGAGCAUCAAGUUCGUCCACCAAGCGUGCUUGGUAGAAUGGUUGUCUCAUUCUCAGAAAAAGCACUGCGAACUUUGCAAGACACCGUUCCGCUUCACCAAACUAUACGAUCCCAAUAUGCCACAGAACCUUCCCGCUCCCUUAUUCUUUCGACAACUUAUCAUACACACCUUUCGUACUGUCGUCACAUGGCUACGGUUUAUUCUCGUUGCAUUUGUCUGGCUGGGUUGGUUGCCGUGGUCCAUGAGAGCUAUCUGGAGGGCCCUCUUCUGGCUCGCUGAUGGUCGUUGGUCUGGCGCGGACAAUAUUCGACAGCCGGGGCUAGAGUUUGUCGUAGCCAAUGGUACCACCAACACCAUCAUUCAAGCCGCUACGGGAAGUUCUGGGUCGACGGCUAGACAACCCAGCACUACCGACGUAUCGUCACCGCAGUCUCCAGUAUCUUCUAUGUUUGGUUUUGCCUCUGGUGAACCGUUGCUCUUUACACUCAUCAAGAAAACCUUGACAGCUCUAUUUUCUCCUGCAAUGUCGGUCACUGGAUCCAUGGGGGCCAAAAGUUCUAACAUGACUACCGCAUCGUACAAUCCUAGACGUCCUUCAUGGCUAUCCGACGUCAAAUUCUUGAAUAAUCUGACUCCGUCGCCUACCAUCAACAACAUCAUCAUCGAUACAUUAGAAGGCCAGCUGAUCACUCUUCUUGUCGUCAUUUCAUUCAUCCUAAUCUUCCUCAUUCGAGAGUGGGUCGUACAGCAGCAGCCCAUGGCCAAUAUUGGCGAGGGAGAGCGCGAAGCAGCUGUUCAACUCAUAGCAAAUAAUCGUCAGGACCAGCCGGAAGAUGAUGCAGAGCCUGCAGAAGAGGCUCCUCCGCAACCAGAGGAUCCUAUGCCGGACCCGGAAACUCACGAAACCGUGGAGGAUGACUUCUUCCGUGCUCUUAACAUGCCCGAGAAUCCCGCAGCCGACUUGGAUUAUUUCCCCAGGGCAUCACCGUUCCAUCCCGUUACCCGUGAUAUUCUUGGUGGCUCGGCAACCCAGAGCCCUGGCCCUCCGCCAUCAACUCAAAACAACGAUGAGAGCGACGGCGAAGCGGUGUUGGACUUUUCAUCCGAGCAGCCGUUCGCGCAAGCCUGGCCUGGUGUUGAGACUUUCAGAGAUCUGUGGGACCGGGGCCACGGUGAUCCCGAACAGGUCCUGAGGAUUGUAAGGGACGAAGGUCGCCAAGAUGAAUUAGGUUGGAUUGUUAAUGCAAUGACCAAGCUCCAGCGCAAUAAAGACCGUCAAGAGCCGUGGAGACGCGAUCAGCCGCCUGCAGUUCCCUCCAGCACGCCUUCCGGUACCGGUAUAACCCAACCCGAGGGUGCUUUGGGUCUGGAGCAAUCCGAAGCCGAGCGCGCCUUCUCAUCAGCGGGCUCCCGGCCUUGGAGCUUUGCAGAUGUGGUCGAAGGCAAUAUGGACAUGGACAGAUCGGAGAGACAUCCGGACUUUCAUGAAAUCCGAGGCAUUGCCCAUCACACCACCGAGCGUGAACCGCUCCAGGAGACUUCCCUCUCAAACAACAACGAGCCUCGGAUGGGCGAUGAUACCAGUACCUCUGUUCUCAACCAAGCCAGCCCUUCGAACCCCCAGGAUCAAUCAGAAAGCCGCCAAUCCACUGCUCGGCCUGCGGCCGGCCCCUCCAAAAGCUUUCUUGCUCGGUUAUUUGAUUGGUUCUGGGCAGAUCUAGAGACUGAUGACCAGGAUCAGGACCAGCCCCAGGAUGAUGACGAACAAGUAGCCGUUGACCCUGCACUGGAGGCACCAUUUGUGCCGGUUCAGAAUAACAGACGUUUUGCCGAUGGCGAUGCACAAGAUAAUCAGGGACUUAUGCAGGACCCGGGUGUUGAUGGCAACGACCUCGAUGCAGUCGAAGACGGCGACGAUCUGGAGGGAAUCCUCGAGCUCAUUGGUAUGCAGGGUCCCAUCUUCGGUCUUCUUCAGAACGGGGUAUUUAGCGCCCUCUUGAUCUCUUUCACGGUUGCUAUCGGUAUCUGGCUCCCCUAUCUUUGGGGCAAGAUCGCGCUUGUCCUCCUGGCGAACCCGGUGCAUCUGAUUGUUGGGGUCCCCAUGACUGCUAUAUCUGUCUUCGCCGACGUCGCACUGGAUACACUCAUUGGUAGCUUGGGAUAUGUGAUGUAUUGGGGCAGCCUGGUCUUCAAGACAUUGCUUGGCCCCUUCAUCGCAUUUGCUCCCGUGGCCGACUGGAUUCCUGAAACCAAGACUGUGACCAGCGCUUCGCUGUCGCUCAUUGAUGCCAGCAGUCACCGCCUUCGGAACGCCCUCCAAUCCUUUUUCGUGUUUCACGAAUCCGACGUCCCUAUGUUCUCUGUACUCUCGCACCACGCUCUCAAAAUCCACCAGGCGCGCAUCUCUUACUUGCUGCAAACGGUCUUCUCCAUUGGUCAAUUUGUUCUGCACGACUUCCCUCUUCGACUCCUGAGCGAUGGUUUCCCUGGAGCUUUAUCGCUUGGUCGCGAGACUCUCGACUUUACUAGUCUGGUAAAUCAAGCGCGCGAUCAGCUCUACCACUUUGGGAGCCACAUUCUGUACACUUCAAAUGGGACAAAUGUCUUUAUGGCUGGCCUACACGGAACUUCGCCGAGUGGACUCAAUAUCCCCCAAGAACUAGCCGUCUGGGACACAAAGGACCGCAUUAUUGCCAUUUUGUUGGGCUACGUACUGGCAUCGGUCGUUGGAUUACUCUAUCUUCGUGUCACGAACCUUCUUUCUGGCGCGGAGCGCCGCCAAAGGGUCGAGGGUCUUAUUGCAGAUAUAAUACAUCAGGGAGGAGGAGUCAUGAAAGUGAUCCUCAUCAUCGGGAUCGAGAUGAUAGUAUUCCCGUUGUACUGCGGUUCAUUACUCGAUCUUGCGCUGCUGCCUCUGUUUGAGGAUGCUACCAUAGCGUCACGCCUUGAAUUCACGGCUUUCUCGCCCCUGACGUCGCUUUUUGUGCAUUGGUUCAUUGGCACUUGCUACAUGUUCCACUUUGCCCUUUUUGUUUCGAUGUGCAGGAAGAUCAUGAGGAGCGGUGUUCUUUACUUCAUUCGUGACCCUGAUGACCCGACAUUCCACCCUGUCCGCGAUGUGCUAGAAAGGAAUAUCACCACCCAGUUGCGCAAAAUCGCAUUCAGUGCCCUGGUCUAUGGUGCCCUAGUCGUUCUCUGUCUUGGAGGUGUCGUCUGGGGUUUGUACUAUGGCCUUGACGGCGUUUUCCCGAUUCACUGGUCUGCUACGGUCCCUGUAUUGGAAUUCCCCGUCGAUCUAUUAUUCUACAACUUCGUGAUGCCAUUUGCAAUCCGAUCUCUCAAGCCAUCCGAUGGUUUGCAUGGCCUUUACGAUUGGUGGUUCCAUAGGUGUGCUCGUCUCCUGCGAUUGACCAACUUCUUUUUUGGAGAUAGACAGCUGGAUGAAGAAGGUCGGCAUGUCGGAAAAAGCUGGUGGGGUCUGUUCUCAGCACCCGAAGCAAGCACAGAAGACUCCACAGCCCGCGCAGACGCCGAUGAAAUGAACCAUGGCGCAUCUUUUAUCCGUGAUGGUAGAUACGUCCGAGCUCCUGCUUCGGAUCAGGUCAGAAUCCCCAAGGGCAACAAGGUGUUUCUGGAGGUGACUGAGGACAACGAAAGAGUCGAUGGGCAACCGGACACGGAUCAGGGACUGCAUGGCCGGACUAAUGACAUGUUCACGAAAGUCUACGUGCCGCCCCAUUUCAGGACUCGGAUUGCAGCCUUUAUCCUACUCAUCUGGGUGUUUGCUGCUGCUACCGGUGUAGGCAUCACUGUUCUUCCCUUGAUCAUUGGCCGGAAGAUCAUGAAUGCUAGCUUUCCCCACCGACCCUUGAAUGAUAUCUAUGCUUUCUCAACGGGCUUGAGCAUUGUCGGCAUUGCUGCCUACAUCGGCGUUUACAGUCGGAGCUUAUUUGUUAUGGCCAAAGAGCGGUUGAGGCUCUAUCUGCAGUCCCCCCAACAAGUCGUCGUUGGGGUCAAGAAUGCUCUAUUUGGUGCCAUCCGACUGAUCUAUGUUUUCACCGCGUUUUCAGUCAUGCUACCAUCCGCGUUCGCUCUGGUCAUGGAAUUAUAUCUCUUGGUGCCCGUGCACACUUAUCUCGGAGGCCCACAGGCGCAUGUGAUCCACUUCAUCCAGGACUGGACGCUUGGGGUACUCUACGUCCAGAUGGCUGUCAAGUUUGUGCUGUGGAACUCCAGAUCCCGUCAGGCGGCCGCCCUCAAUGCCAUCUUCCGGGAUGGGUGGCUGAAGCCUAACGCCAAAAUUGCCACCCGAGGUGUCCUGCUCCCCGUCACUCUUCUCACCUUUAUUGCGGUGUUGCUUCCACUCUCCCUCGGAUUUGCGAUCAACAUGACGGCUUUCUACAGGACUCCGGAGGUGCAGUUCAAGGUGUAUCGCUAUGCGUAUCCGGUGACUUUGCUGUUCAGUCUGAUUGCGUGGCUCGUCUAUCUGGUACGUCGGCAGGUGGAGAUCUGGAGGGUGAAUAUUCGCGACGAUGUUUACCUCAUUGGCGAGCGGUUGCAUAACUUCCGUGAGAAGCGGGCACGAGACGUAGGGGGUGUUUCGCGUAGAGUUAUUACUGGGUGAUGUUGACCAGGCAUCUAUCUCCAAAGGAUUCUAGGCUCCCAUCCUUCUGUUGUGUUGCCUUUUCUUUUUUUCUUUUUUUUUUACUUCUUCUCCAUACUUAUUAUACCUUGUUCUCUGUACAUCAAUUAGGGGUUACCAAAUAGACUAUUUGCGGGAGACCGACUUAUACCUACUGAAUGGCUAGACGGGUAUUGAAAG